AUGAGGACCUCAACCAGAGUGGUGCUGGCUCACAUGGCAGUGUGCUCAGUCCAGGCUGGGUUUCGUCAUCAAUCAGAUAACGAUAACGAGGCCAUUGAACAAAUCGAUGAAGAUAUAGCCGUGACUCAGAGUCAGAUGAACUUUAUUUGUCCCAUUACACAGGUGGAAAUGAAGCGGCCAGUCCGAAACAAAGUCUGUGGACACACUUAUGAAGAAGAUGCCAUUCUAAAAAUUAUCCAGACUCGAAAGCAGCAAAAGAAAAAAGUCCGAUGCCCUAAAAUUGGCUGUAGCCAUGCUGAUGUAAAGGGAUCAGAUCUUGUGCCGGAUGAAGUACUUAAAAGAGCGAUUGACAGCCAGAAUAAACAGAAGUGGUCAAGACUGGAGAAGUCAGCUGAAUACGCUGAUGCCACAAAUACAAUUUGUUACUAGAGGUCUUGUGAGAUAAGCUGCUGAUUGUAAGUAGGUUGUGUAACUGAUUGUUAUUUAAAGUGUUUCAUUUAUAGGCAAAGUUGAAGAUCUAGGCUGUGACUGAAAACAUUUUUUAAACUGCGAAAUAUGAGGAUUCCAGUUCAACUUGUUUGGAGAUAUUUUUAACCUUCCUGGAAUUCUACAAGCUUGCAUUUGAUAAAUAAAAGGUGUUUUGCAGC